CACCGUUGGAUCGCGACAUAAUCUUGUCCCAAUCUUCUCGCCACGUCAUCUCUUGCAUAAGCUCUCUGUCUCGUCCUAUUUAUCCUUCGCCAUUUUACUGGUUACUCUCAAUCUCCCACGAAUUAUGAAGCUGAAAUUCAAAUGUAUUACUUCUCUUUUUCUGCCUCAUUUGCUGCUGAUUCUACUAUGUGCAGCGGCGGACCAUGAGCCUUCAAGCUGGAGCAGCAUCGUCUACACUACAGUCGGCAGAGCAGACUACGCCUUUGACGUCUUCUCCCUUCCGACUGAAGGCCCGCCAACCACAACCAACGAACUCCAAAUCACCGACGGUCAGUCCGUUAAUUUCAAUGGUCACUUCCCGAAUUCACCUUCUUUUUCCUCGUUCGUCUCUAAUCAGACCCGAACCCGACUCUCAAGUGAACGACCACUAUUGGAGCUCGUCUAUGUCACGGAGAGGAACGGAUUGUGGAACAUAUACUACGACGCCGUUUACCACGAUGCUCCGGGAUCGAGGUCUGCCCAUGAGAUUCCAUCGCGCGUUCAAGUGCCCUUGUUGGGUGCUGUUAAUGUUCAGAAGAGCAAGAUCGGAAUUUCGAUGAAAGAUAAGCCAAGUGUGGCAGGGGACUAUCUAAUUUACGUGUCGAAUCACGACGACCCAGGUGUGCCAAGGACGAGUUGGGCUGCAGUAUACUCGGCAGAGUUGAGUACCGGGUUUACUCGUCGACUCACUCCUUUUGGGAUUGCGGAUUUUAGCCCUGCGGUUUCGCCGUCUGGAACUUGGACUGCUGUGGCGUCGUAUGGCGAGAGAGGGUGGAGUGGUGAAGUGGAGGAAUUGAGUACUGAUAUUUACGUAUUUUUGACUCGGGACGGAACUCGCCGAAUCAAGGUGGUUGAGCACGGCGGGUGGCCGAGUUGGGUUGAUGAUUCGACGCUGUACUUUCACAGAAGAAGUGCAGAAGAUAAGUGGAUCAGUGUUUACAGAGCGAUUUUACCAACUCAAGGCCCGGUGACAACAGAUUCAGUGAUUGUUGAGCGAGUCACUCCCCCUGGCGUCCACGCGUUCACCCCAGCUACCGCUCCAGGUAACAAGAACUUCAUCGCUGUUGCUACGAGAAGACCCACUUCGAAAUUUCGUCAUAUAGAGCUAUAUGACCUUUCUAAGAAGGAAUUCAGGGAGCUGACCCGACUCGUAUCGCCAACAACUAACCACUUCAACCCGUUUAUCUCGCCUGAUUCAAUCCUAAUUGGGUACCACAAGUGCAGAGGUGGAAGUAUUGGAAGUAAAAGUCCUCUGUUUCUGGAGAACAUAAGAAGCCCAGACGCUGAACUCUCUCUCUUCAGAUUCGACGGCAACUUUCCUUCUUUCUCGCCAAAGAGCGAUCGUGUUGCCUACAAUGGUGAUAAUUUUAUGGGGGUUUAUGUUGCGAACCGGGACGGUUCGAAUCUGCGCAAGAUCUAUCCCGAAAGUGCUUUUAUGGUCGCCUGGGAUUGGAUUCGUGAAGGAGUAGUGUACACGAGUACCGGUCCGUUUUUAGCCAGGGAGAGUACAGAAGUCGAUAUAAUCUCCAUAAACGUCGAUGAUGGUAGUUACAAGAGAUUGACCACGAACGCCGAAAAUAAUGCAUUUCCGUCACCGUCACCCGAUGGUAAAUGGGUGGUUUUCAGAUCAGGCCGGUCGGGUCACAAGAACCUGUAUAUCAUGGAUGCUGUGAACGGAGAAAGCGCCAGUCUCAGUCGGUUAACGGAAGGUCCCUGGGCAGACACGAUGUGUAGUUGGUCACCGAACGGCGAUUUGAUUGUUUUCGCGUCUGACAGAGACAAUCCGGGUUCUGGGAGUUUCGGAUUGUAUUUGAUCCACCCGAAUGGGACCGGGUUAAAGAAAUUACUUCAAAGCGGGUCAGGUGGUCAGACAACCCACCCGUCUUUCAGUCCGGAUGGCAAGACUAUAGUGUUCACUUCGGACUAUGGUGGCAUAUCAGCGGAGCCAAUCUCAAACCCAAAUCAUUUCCGACCAGACGGUGAGAUUUUUACGAUUAAAGUGGACGGCUCUGAUUUGAAGAGAUUGACAUACGAUUCGUAUGAUGAUGGGACCCCCACCUGGAUUCCAUUCUAUAUAAAACCAGUAGAUGUAGAGCCACCAAAUGAAAACGGACCAGUUUGUGACUUCGAAGAUUGUCUCUGGCUAAAUCAAAUGCCGAACCCAGCCACUUCUGCUGCUGCACACAUGGUUUCCAACAACGCUCAGGCUCGAUGUGGUGCAUGACCCUCUACUUUUCCGUGACAUAGUGGUUAUGUUAGGGAUCAUCACAAUUGGUAUCUCAGUUAUCUCAGUAGUUGAAUUGUAAUAUUAGAAAUAGUUUAUCAUUUUCCGGAUCUUUAUCAUUUUCGCUGUAAU